AUGGCUAACUUUUCUCCUACAGGAGCACUGGUGAACGAUGUGUCCUUCACUGACGAGGGAGAAUUCGCGGCACUCUUUGAAGGUUGUAUGUGGGCAAAGAACGGUUGUAACUACGUUACAGCACCAGAAGGGCAUACUAACAAUGCUCAAACCUUUUCAAUUCAAGACCUCCCAAGCACCUUCAUGGCGCAGGACGCUGGUGUUUUUGGAGAUCUUCCUGAUCCGUUCACUACGGGAGAGGAUAUAGAUCUGUCGGUAUUGCCUCCGUUGGAUUCAGAGCACAGUCAUUCUGCAAUCAUCGACAACGAAGUAUCGCCUGAAAUGGGGGAUAACCAAACCAACCCCAAUGAGGAUAUUGGUAAUUUUGAUCAGACUGCGGCUGCCCAGAACAUGAAUCCCGGUACUACUGGGCAGUCCACUGCUACGGGUAUACCUCAGCCCGGAACCAUGUCUGGAGACCUGAACCCUAACACUACUGACCAAUCCGCCGCUACGGCUUUGAUGCAUUCUGGGUCUGUGCCUGUAAACCAACAUAUGGGAAAUUUGGCGCCUCCAGAUGCCCGUGUAAUUGCUUCUACUUACUUCACUGGUGGGAUUGGCCCUAUCAUGGGUCCUAUAAACGGUGUUCAGCAAACCACCUUAAAGCAAACACGCGAAUCACUACCGAGCGGUUACUCUACCCUCCCUUGUUAUGCUCUUGGGGCUGGUGUUGCUGUCAAUAACUCGGGCGUCUCAUUUACUGAGGCCGACAAUGAAGACUUCUUUAAUCGUGGAAACAAUUACGCGAACAACGCUCCCAGCAACCUCGUGGGAAAUGCCCCGGGCAACCAUGUGGAUAACGUCUCAAGAAGCUCAUACAACGCCACCCCCACUGACCAGGCCGCAAGCAUGCUCGGCAAUGUAACCGGAGUACAGGAUGUCUCUUCAAACGCUUCUCAAAAGAGUACUCCACCUUCGCAGCCAGUCUAUGCUGCUGGUGGGCCCCAGGGAACUACUAUGCCAGCAAACCAAGUGGAUAGAAACCGUUCUAGUUCUGGUUCUUCCGGCAAUUCUGGUACGUCCCAGAAAUGCAAAGCAUCUUCGCCUGCCGAUCAGAUCACCGGCAACCCUGGAAGCCAGUUCACGGGACAUCAGAACACCGGAAGCCAGCUCACCGGACAUCAAAUGGCUGGAGAUCAGUUCGCGGGAAACCAAAUGACUGAUCUUCAAUUUACCGGGAACCAGAUGACUGAACAUCAGUUCGCCGGAAGCCAGAUGAACGAGCAUCAGUUCGUCGGAAGCCAGAUGACUGGACAUCAGAGCAUCGGAAAUCAGAUCACUGGAUUUACACCCCAGCAAGGGACUCAAGUGUAUCAGGGUACCUUCCCUUCUCAACAGGUUGCUUGCCAGAACAGUACCCUGGUGCAAUCUUCGCCGGAGUCUGGAUCUGGACCAAUGCACUCCAGUCCACCUGAAUACCUCCCUGGCAAACUUGGGCAAGUUGAGGAAUUCAACCAAGGCAUAUCAUCUGGAAGCAAUUCUGUGCAGCAGAACAGCCCCUCUGAUGGUCAUUAUGCGCCCCCCAGUCAAGGCGAAGCCACCUUCCCAAUGGAUAUUUCCGGCCAGCCGGUCAUGACCGCCCAGGCCACUGUUCAUAACCCACAGCCAAGCCCCAUUUCACUGAUGGACCAGCUGAUGAACCCGGAAGCUUAUAAUAUGGACUGCGGUACGCUGUACUCUUCAGUCGAGGAAGCCAGGGCAGCACGCCCGGUGCAGGAUGGCGUUCGAGAAGACACUACCCUGCCCACCAACGAUUUGCAGAAACAAGCAAUUGUUAGGGCCCUCACCAAGGCGAUGCUCAGUUUCAGGAACGCCGAGGAUAACCCUGGCAUGAUUAAGCCUUUCAAAGAGGGAAAGUAUAGCGCCGAGAGAGUCGAGUGUGUGUGCUGGGAGAUACUGGACUGUGUUAUCACCAGGCAAAUCUCGGGCUCGUUGUUGGCAGCUCAUGGAUUGAAGAGAAAGAUCACGAGCGAUUUGCUGACGUUCGCUGAACGCAUGACUAAAGUUCUAGAUUGUCUCGAAACCCAAAAAACAAUCUGCAAGCAUCUAUUAGAUGCCCCAUACAUGCAUCAAUUUGUUGAUGAUCCGCAGGCUGCUCAAAAGCGUGUCAUUGCCAAUAAGACUUUGAACAAGCGCAAAGGUGAAGUGAUGAACGCGGGCAAGCAAGUUCUCGGAGCCAGAAAGGCAGCUGAGUCUACCACCAUCAACCAGCCGGUUAGGGUUGCAGCGGCUACAAUGUCCACAGCGUCUGCUAUGCCUACCAUGGCUACCGUGCCUCCAGUAAACAACGCCGGUGCUGCAAUGACCCCAAAUAACACCCCGGGCAACAUUGCAACGACCGGAAGAAACCCUCAACCUGCCACUCCAUCCAACGCGACCCAGCAGAUGAACGUUAUGGCCCCUACCAACAAAGUUAGAUACCAAAUGGCGAUGAGCGCAGGAACCCCUACACCUGUUCCACAAGUCAGACCAGGCCCACAGGGAUACCAGUCUGUACCUUUGAACAGAGUUGCCGCUGCUCAAGCCUAUAGCAACCGUAUGAUGGGCCCAACCUCUCAUCCAAGACAAAAUGCCGGGUCCGUCACAAUGCCUCCAACCGCUCAGGCGUCUCCUCAUCCGUACGACCCAGAAGUAACAAUCAAAACCCUGUUGGGACGAAACUUGAUGGUCAAUUACAACCAACUCGCCUCGCAAUCUCAUCCAUACUCACAGAUGGGAUACCCACAACAGAUGGGAAAUCCGGUCCAAAUGGGACACCAACCUCAGAUGGGCCAUCGAACUCAGAUGGGACAUCAGGCACAGAUGCAAGGUCCUGUAUCAGGUACACGUAAGCGCAGAAGGGAAGAAACGGACGUCGAGGACGAUUCUCCUUCGGCCAAGCGGCAGCAUUAA